AUGCGGAUCACGGUCUGGAACAUCAACGGUCUUCGGACACUCAAGGGCUACCAACCGUGGUACAAGCUACCAGAUUGGGAAGCAUGUCUCGAACAUCUUGGCGCCGACAUUGCUUGCUUCCAAGAGACCAAAAUGACACGCAAGCAACUUACCGAGCCCAUGUGCAUUCUACCGUCGUACAAUGCCUUUUUCAACUUUCAUCCUACCAAAGGCUACUCCGGCACCGUCACGUACGUCCGCAAAAGCCUCUCCAUUCCUCUUAAAGCUGAACAGGGCAUCACUGGCCGAGUGCCCGUCACGAACGUUUCAUCCAACCCAUUGAUACCCAACGACCCCAUCGGUUGUAUCCCAGCAGACACUAGAGAUGACGUCGAUCCUCAGAUAUGGAAUGCACUCGACGAGGAGGGUCGUUGUGUCGUCCUCGAUCUCGGCCUCUUCGUUCUGUUCAACGUAUACUGCCCAAAUGAGACCGGACCGGAACGGCUCGAUUACAAGAUGACAUACUACCAGGGUCUUGCCGAACGAGCGCAUCGACUGAUCCAGGCAGGACGACAGGUCAUGAUCGUCGGCGACAUGAACAUCAUACGCGACCCCAUCGACCACUGCGACCCGGAACAGAGCAUGAGAGAACAUGGCUGGAAUCAUUUUCAUCAGCAUCCUGCCAGGUCAUGGUUUCAAACCUUCCUCGCGCCGCAGGGCAAGUUCCACGAUGUCGGCAGAGAAUACCAUCCAGACAGGAAGAAGAUGUUUACCUGCUGGAAUACUCUCAUCGAUGCGCGACCCGCCAAUUAUGGAUGCAGGCUGGAUUAUACACUGGUGACAGAAGGCUUGCUGCCUUGGAUCAAGGGCGCAGACAUCCAGGCUGAUGUGUAUGGUAGCGAUCACUGCCCCGUCUAUGUAGAUUUGCACGAUGAAAGGGAGAUCGAUGGAAAGAUCGUCAAGCUGGCUGACUUGAUGCAUGGCGGCUCGCAUCGUCUACCUCCAGCAUUGGCAGCGUGUCACUAUGACGAAUUUUCGGGAAAGCAGAGGAAACUGGCUUCCUUCUUUGGAGCGUCUCGCAAAGCGGCGCCGGCGAAGAGCAGCAGUCCUGUUAUCAACGUCCAACCCGAUCUAAAUCAGACGUCGAUGGAGACAACAGCUUCCGAUGGCACAACGAGCAAGGAAAGCACAGUCUCCAAGGGACCUGAUACAAAGUUCGUUCCAACAUCAACGGAAACGGACAAUGAGGGAAGCUCGCUUGUAGACUCCCUCUUUUCUCUCCAUUCGCAGCAGGAGGGACUCGGCAUUCAAGGUGCAUCGCAGGAGUCUAGAUCCGCAUCUGGAUAUGCGAGCACGCCAUCGAAAUCGGUCCCCACCGCAGCAUCGACGGCUCCUUCAGCCUCCGCACCUGCAGCAUCCCCUGCUUCGUCUUCACCGAUCAAAGCGCCCGCCAGCCAGCCAUCGCCGAAUGGCAAACGUGCUGCUGCAUCUCCGAAGCGGACAUUCGCGCCCACAAAGAGCAAAGAUUCGGCCAAGGCAAAGAAUGCUGCAAGUCUUAAGGGCCAGACGAGUCUGCAGUCCUUCUUCGCGAAGCCGAAAAGCGCCGUACCUCCAGCACCAAUGGAGACACCAAAGACGAUCGAUCUGUCGCAAGACACUGACAACACGACCAACUUUGAUCUCGGCACCAGCGCCGAUCAGGGUGUCGAAGCUGUAAUCUCCGCCGUCUCCAACCACAACCGCGAGGUCUCAGAUGCCUCCUUCGAAGAAUCCGAAGACCUGAUCUCCGAAUUCCACGAACCGACUCCUGCCUCGACAUCGCCCUCGCAACCAACGCCCGAGCAGUCGGCCGCCGAUCGAGUCGGCGCAUCGCUCGCCUGGGGCGCGAUCUUCUCCCCUGCGCCCGCUCCGCUCUGUCGCAACCAUUCGGAGCCGUGUCGCGCAUGGACCGUCAACAAAGCAGGUCCCAACCACGGUCGGAAAUUCUGGCUGUGCAAUCGACCCGUUGGACCAGGCUACGAAAAGUCGGGACGUGCAAAGGGCGAUGUGAAUCCCGAGUUCAGGUGUAACUUUUUCGUGUGGGAUUCAGAUCUAAGGGGUAAGAAGAAGGGUAGUGGGGACGGGAAGGAGGGGAAAUUUUUCAGCGAGGUUGGAAAGGAGAGAGGGAGGAAGCAGGUCGGGCCAAGGGAGGAAGAGGAAUUUGCGGGACCAUGGGGUCCACAUAAGCGUGUGAGGACGGGAGACGCUCCAUAG